AUGUCGGCGGCUCGAGGCGAAGCUGGAUACGAUGUGCAAGUCGAUGUAGACGAAGAUGGCGACCUAGGCCACACUGAUCUCCAAGAAGACCUUGAAUUCCACUCCUCAAACUUCAACGAGAACGCUACCUAUGCGUCGCGAAAGCCCAAUGGAGGUGGCCUCCCAGCACCGGCGACGGCAGGAAACGGGGCGUCUACGAAGCGGAUGCUAUGGUCGCUGUCAUUCUAUGCGCAAUUUUUCGACGUCGACACAAGUGCUGUCCUCACCCGCUGCUGGGCCGCGCUCUAUCCUCGCGCAAACUUUCUUGACGUGCUCGACGGUAAUCCUGAUCUUUAUGGACCGAUUUGGAUUGCAACGACUGUGGUCUUCAUCUUAUUUUUAGGUGGCACGAUUAAUCAAUACCUCAGCAGUACCAUUGGCGAGCAAUUCGUUUAUGACUUCACCCUCUUGAGUGGUGCUGCGGGUUUGAUUUAUGGCUAUACCCUCUUUGUCCCCAUCGCCCUAUUUCUCGCAUUGAAGUAUUUUGGCAGCGAAUCCGCAAACCUUCUGGAAAGCUGGGCUCUAUAUGGAUAUUCAAAUCUUAUCUGGAUACCAGUUGCCCUAGUAGCCUGGUCACCAAUCACCAUCUUGAAUUGGGUUUUCGUUGGGAUGGGGUUUGGACUCAGCAUCACUUUCUUACUUCGAAAUCUCUAUCCCGUUCUUAGCGCCACCGAGAAGCAAGUUAGCAAGGUGUUAUUAAUAAUCAUGGUUGUUUUACAUAUUGCGCUUGCAAUCUCUAUUAAGUGGCUUUUUUUCAAGAAAGCCAGCUUGAUAGGAGACAGCAAAAAACCUCCAGCAUUAGCAAAUAUGUUACUGUAUUAA